AAAGACCCAGAAAUGAUGAUGCCUAAAAGUCAAGAUGACUGGUCCAAGGAAGACAUUGUGCAGUUACUAGAAUGUAUGGAGAAAAACAUUCCAUCCAAUGACAGGCAUACAUUCAAAACAACUCAGUCAGUGAUGGACUGGGGUAAAGUAGCUUUUAAAGAUUUUUCUGGGGAAAUGUGCAAACUUAAAUGGUUAGAGGUUUCCUAUAACUUGAGAAAGUUUCGCACUUUGAAAGAAUUAGUCCUGGAAGCUAAGGAAAAUGUUAACAAUUCCAAAAGCAGAAAACACAAGAAACAUCCUGAUCUACCCAAGAAGCCCCUGACAGCUUACCUCCGCUUUUUUAAAGAGAUGAGACCUCAGUACCUCCAAAAACACCCCAAGAUGAGCAACCAGGAGCUGACCAAGGUUCUGUCUGAGGAAUACAGGAAGCUGCCGGAACAGUUCAAGCUGAAAUACCUUAAAGAUUUCCAGAAAGAGAAACAGGAGUUUCUGGAGAAAAUGGCUCUGUUCAGAGAACAGCACCCUGAUCUAGUCCAGAACUCCAAGAAACCCUAUGUCCCCAAAGGAAGUCAAAGCAAAGUGCCAAAGAAGUUUCAGGAAAAUGUGCAAAAAGUAAAGUCUCCUUCAGAAAACAAAUUAUCCAUGGAAAGGAAAUUCCACGGAGAGCCCAAGAAGCCCCCGAUGAAUGGCUAUCACAAGUUCCACCAGGAUCUCUGGUCGAGCAGGGAGCUGAAAGUGAUUCCCCCGAGGGAGCGCAUGGUGGAGAUCAGUAGACGCUGGCAGCGGGUCCCCCAGGACCAGAAGGAGCUUUAUAAGAAGCAGGCAGAGGAACUGCAGACACAGUACAAGGUGGACCUUGAUCUCUGGCUCAGAACUCUGUCUCCUGAAGAAUACACUGCCUACAGAGAGGCGACCUGUGCUAAGCGUAAGAACAUGAGCGUGACGGGGGACCCAAACCCCAAGAUUAGAAGGAUGGAGCUGCAGUCCCCAUCAUCAGGGACUCCGCAAGGAAUGCUUAGAGAGGACCUGGGGCUUCAGGCUGCAGAGUUAGCAUCAUCAGACACGAUUGGAGAACAUUCUCCUGCCUCAGGGAGAUCAGAAGAAAAUGAGGAAGAUGCAGAGGAGGAUGCCACUAACUCCUCAGACCAGUGCAGAGAAGAUGAAGGCUGUGAAUUUGAAAGCAGUGGGGAUGAAGAUGAAGAUUGUGAUGGUGAGAGCACUGUCUCUAACUCGGCUUCCUAA